ACCGGCAGUGGCAUCGGUUGGUUUGUGUCGAAGAUCGUCGAUUCUUUUGACGUCAGAUCAGAUGGUGAUCGCGUGGCUGUCUUCCAGCUCGUCCAUGGUUCCGCUCAGAGAACUGGCUUUGGCCUCAACGCUUUCGCGACAAAGAAGGACAUACUGCAGUAUCUUCGUCGUAACCUCACAGUGCCGCUGAGGAGCAUGUCUGGAGCUGAGGAGUUGUCCCAUAUCGCGUCAAACGAGUUCACCGCUGAAAUGGGCGACAGACCCAAUGUGCCUAAUAUUUUAAUUGUGAUUAUGGAUGAUCAUCAACGAGACACCGUAGCCGCACCACCUAUGGAGCUGUACUCGGAAAACAGGAACGUUAUCGCUUUUGGAGUUGGUUUAUCCGUGAACGUUACGUACAUAACUGAGGUGAUGAGACGUGAAGAAGGAGGACGCAAAAUUCCCGGUGACCAUUCUACCCCUCUCGAAGAGCUACAGAAUUUUAUCCGAUCUCUGCGUAAUCUCAUCGAAAGCGCGUUUCCCAUUUCAGCAAACAAAAUAGCAGGCGAAGGUCCUUUCGAUCAAGUGUCCCAUUACUUUGCUGGAGUGAACGUGGAGUGUUCAAGGAAUGGCUUUGCCACGGUCCUCAUCAAAACUGUCGAAACUUUUCGAGGUCGGAUUUUUCUAAAGGACCACUUCGGCGAGUCUUGCUGCGACUGGACAUUCACCAACAAUAUGUCUGACGAGGUGAAGGUGCGAGUUGACGUCAAGAAAUACGGGAAAGAACUGCGUAAUGUACGUAUUCCACUUUAUCCAUUGUGUUGUUUUGUGUAA